AUGCCCGGCUUUGGUUUUGCGACGGCCCCCAAAAAAGUGGUGGACGAAUGGCACACGCUUGUAGGUGGCUAUGUGGACAACCGGCGUGGUAACAACCUGAAGACGACAAUGCUACUAAUUGACGCACGACGAGGUUUGGGUCCGGCUGAUCAUGACUUUAUGGAUUUCCUGCACGACCUGGGGGCGCUGUAUCAGGUGGUGUUUACCAAGGUGGAUACAGUCAACCGAACAGAACUCGAGAAACAGAUUGAAAAGGCAAGAGAUGUGGCACUGAAUGCAAAGCGAAUGAGUAUGAACCCGGUUAUCCAAGUGACGAGUGUGAAAGAACGAUUUGGUAUCAAGGAGUUGCAGCGUCAACUUGUGAGCAUGACAGGGCUGCUAGCAAAUCAGCGUCUAUAA